AUGUCAGAUCUUUACCCUACCUAUGAGGCUUCUUUCACGCUAGAGAUGUUUAGGAGAGUUUUAAAGGAACACAACGACUAUGAGCCAGAACUGAAGCUUCAGCUGGAGCAAGUCGAGAAAAAGCUGAACGAGGUCUUCAAAUUGCCGCAGACUUCUGCAGUUCGGAAAACAGAUAUUAUGAAUGUCAUCAAAGCUCUAAACAGCAAAUUCACCGAGGAGAGCAUUGGCCAUUACUUGAGCCAACUGGCACGCGUUGACCAUCAGCAAGGCGGGUUUACAGGUCCGUUCUGGCGAAUCUGCUACAUCGGUAAACCCGGGACGAGCAAGAUGGAUGAGAAGAGGCGGCGGGAGGCACAUGAGGACAUACGCUGGCUUUUUCAGGAAGCUCACAAAGCAGUUGAGCAUUUUCGAGAAUCGGUGUCAGGCUGGAUCGUGGAAGAGGAUUUAGAGACACUAAAACACGGGUUGAAAUGCGACGAAAGAAAUAAGAAUCGCCUUCAAGAUAUCUUGGAAGAAGCUUGGCAGAGUGCAGAAAGAGCAAAGGUGGCUCUAGUUGGCCUGGACACGAUGUUCCAAAGAAUGCGGAAGGAGGCUGGUUGUGAAGAUGAAGACGAAUAG